AACAGUUUCGUGCUCCUUCCUAUACUAAACAUAACUUCAGUUACUUGAGUUUAAAGAGUUACAAGUUAGGUGGUCUGCUGUAAAUCACCAACACAACAAUGAACAAGCAGUCUUUCAUACGGCAUUUGAGGAGGAUUCUGCUACGUCAGUCUAGAAUGGAUAAUAUAAGAAGUUUAAGAAGCACCCCAAGAAAGACACCAUCGACUUUCAGAAGACGUCUGGUCUUAUCAGAUUCAGUUAUAUUUGCAGUUCCUGUUGGACUGUGUCUGGGAACAGCGCUUUUUUAUCAGACUAAUCAGAAGGAUACAUUGUUUCUUGAGGAACAAAUAAAACAAGAACCUAUUCCAUUACCUUAUAAUAUGGAGGGCCUUUCGGAAACAGAAAUGAAAUACAGGCGUAUCAAAGUAAUUGGGGAGUUUGAUCACACAAUGGAAAGAUACAUCAGACCUAGAGAACUUGUAAAAGAUGAAGAUUCACAGUCAAAUUUAUUAGUCUUCAAAAAGUCAGAAAAAUGUGGAUUACUGGUUGUUACACCAUUCACUCUGAAAGACACAGGAGAACGAAUACUUAUAAACAGAGGCUGGAUCCCAAAGAACAAAAAGGAUCCAAGUUCACGAUUAAAAGGACAGAUUAAAGGUGAAGUGGAACUAGUAGGUACUCUUCAACAAUCUGAACGGGAGAGAUUUAUCCUAACCAAUUCAUUAGGCAAUGAUCCUCACGAGUUUUAUACACGAGAUGUGGAAAGCCUAGCUAAAUCUACAAAUAGUCUACCAGUCUACUUGGAUGCUGUUUCUGAUAGCACUGUAGAAGGGGGACCAAUCGGUGGUCAGAUCACUAUAGACUUAAAACCACAUCUAGCAUAUUAUCUCUCAGUAUUGUACCUGCUUGCAAUUUUGUUUUGUGUAGUGUCAUGGUAUAGACGAAAAUAUGCUCCAGUGAAAUUUUUAUAAAACAGUAAUGAAUUAUAUUUUUUCUAGAUAUUCCUCAAUAAAAACAAAUUUCUGGAUCCACUUGACUUGCUUAAAUGUAUAUAUUUUAUCAAAAUGGAUGCCAAUAAUGAUACAAUUUCCCUUGUAUUUGUGAAAAGCCAUAAGACAAGAAUAAAAACUACUGAAUACAGUAUUGAAUUGGUGCAGUUAUUAAUUUUUGUUUUAAUA